GAGAGAGUGAGGAGGAAGAGGAGGAGGUGCCGUCCCACAAUACCAGGCGGGAGGGCGGUAGGCGGUUUGUAUCCGGGCUGUGAGGUGCUCGGCGCCUCCGCGGACCUUGCUGCCUCUGUCUCUUUAACGCGAGAGGAAGCGAUGCAGAGGGGUGGAAAAUGGCAGAGCUGCAGAUGUUACUAGAGGAGGAGAUCCCGUCUGGCAAGAGGGCGCUGAUAGAGAGUUACCAGAAUCUGACCCGGGUGGCGGACUACUGUGAAAACAACUACAUACAGGCUGCAGAUAAGAGAAAAGCUUUAGAAGAGACCAAAGCCUACACAACCCAAUCCCUAGCUAGUGUUGCUUAUCAAAUAAAUGCAUUGGCCAACAAUGUACUCCAGUUGCUGGAUAUCCAAGCCUCUCAGCUUCGGAGAAUGGAGUCUUCCAUCAAUCAUAUCUCACAGACUGUGGACAUUCAUAAAGAAAAAGUGGCUCGAAGAGAGAUUGGCAUUUUGACAACAAAUAAGAAUACAUCAAGAACUCACAAAAUAAUAGCACCUGCAAAUAUGGAGCGCCCUGUAAGGUAUAUUCGGAAACCUAUUGACUAUACAGUUCUGGAUGAUGUGGGCCAUGGUGUCAAGUGGCUAAAAGCCAAGCAUGGAAAUAACCAGCCUGCAAGAACUGGCACACUGUCGAGAACAAAUCCUCCUACUCAGAAACCACCAAGCCCUCCCAUGUCAGGCCGGGGAACACUGGGACGAAAUACUCCUUACAAAACCCUGGAACCUGUUAAACCCCCAACAGUUCCUAAUGACUACAUGACAAGUCCUGCUAGGCUCGGAAGUCAACAUAGUCCAGGCAGGACAGCUUCUUUAAACCAGAGACCGAGGACACACAGUGGAAGUAGUGGAGGGAGUGGAAGUCGAGAAAACAGUGGAAGCAGCAGUAUUGGCAUUCCCAUUGCCGUGCCUACACCUUCACCACCCACUAUUGGACCAGAAAACAUUUCUGUCCCUCCUCCUUCUGGAGCUCCACCAGUAUCACCUCCUCCACCACUUCUCCCAGUGAACACUGUGAUAGCAGCGCCGGGCUCAGCUCCUGGUUCCCAGUAUGGCACAAUGACCAGGCAGAUUUCCCGACACAACUCGACCACCUCCUCGACAUCUUCUGGUGGAUACAGACGAGCUCCCUCUGUGACUGCUCAAUUUUCUGCUCAGCCUCAUGUUAAUGGAGGUCCACUUUAUUCUCAGAAUUCAAUUUCUGUUGCUCCACCCCCUCCCCCUAUGCCUCAGUUGACUCCACAGAUACCUCUCACAGGCUUCGUGGCCAGGGUGCAGGAAAACAUUGCUGAUAGUCCAACCCCACCACCGCCACCUCCCCCAGAUGACAUUCCUAUGUUUGAUGACUCUCCACCUCCGCCACCACCACCCCCAGUGGAUUAUGAGGAUGAAGAGGCUGCAGUAGUUCAGUAUAAUGAUCCAUAUGCAGAUGGGGAUCCUGCUUGGGCCCCCAAGAAUUAUAUUGAGAAAGUUGUGGCAAUAUAUGAUUAUACGAAAGACAAGGAUGAUGAGCUAUCAUUUAUGGAGGGUGCAAUCAUUUAUGUAAUAAAGAAGAAUGACGAUGGCUGGUAUGAAGGAGUCUGCAAUCGAGUGACUGGUCUGUUCCCUGGGAACUAUGUUGAAUCAAUCAUGCACUAUGCUGAUUAAAUUUUUUGCUUUUAAAGUAGGUUCUUAUUAUUCAGUCAUACUGUGGGACUAUUAUGGUUAACAGAAUUGUCUUAAAAUGUUUUCAAACGUGCCCAUAUUUUCAGGACAUGCUGUUUUAUUGGUAUAAUUGAAUGUCUACGUGUAAGCAUAAAUCUUUGAGGCAGUUUGUGUAUUGCUAAACAGCAAUUAAUACAGGAGGCUGUCCAUACCUGAUUAUGCUUAUGUACUUACUUACACAGUUAACUUUAUGACCAGCCUAAGUAUUCUGGGGGUGUGGGGUAGAAUAUUUAACAAAUCAUGAUUCAGACUGUACCAUUACAUGUUUCCGUGCAGCAUGGUUACUAACGCUAUGUCAGACUAAUAUUAAAAUCAGAAAACUUCAAUCCUGGUGCUGGUCAUACUUUUUGUUUAGACUUUCUCAUUCUUGAAAUAUAAUAUUUGUUUAAAGCAUGCAUACAAAUUUAUGUAUUGAAAUAUACUUAAAAAAUCCAAGAUGCUUCCAAUUUGUGUAAUAUUUACUUGGAGUACUCGUACUUAGGUCUCUUGAAAUGAAUUGAGUCUCUAAGGUCUCCAUGUGAAACAAAACAAAGGGUUAUCUGUAAUGUUGUAAUUUGUACCUAAGUUUUUUAAUG